CAGCUCCCUCCCUCACUCACUCACCCACCAUGGCAGAGAUGGAGAAGGAGGGCAGACCGCCUGAAAGCAAGAGGAGCAGGAAGCCGGCUCACCCCGUCAAGAGGGAGAUCAACGAGGAGAUGAAGAAUUUUGCAGAAAACACCAUGAAUGAACUCCUUGGCUGGUAUGGCUAUGAUAAAGUGGAAUUAAAAGAAGGGGAAGACAUUGAGAUUAAGAACUACCCACUGGAUCUUGAGGGUCGCCAACACGUUUCCGUGUUGAAAGAAAAUUCCUUGCCAAAACUGAAACUGUCUGAAGACAGUGUCAUAGCUUCGCCAACAAACUCCAUUUCGAGCUACCCGGGGAUGACGGCUGGAAACGGCUUGUCGGAUUCACCGGCUGGAUCGAAGGAUCAUGGGAUUGCUUCAAUCAUCAUGCCACUCAUCCCACCGCCAAUACUCAAGCCGCCAACAGAUGAUGAGCUGAUAAACGUGCAGAUAGUGUGCGCCUGGUGCCAGAAGCUGGGGAUUAAGCGUUACUCCCUCAGCAUGGGCAGCGAGGUGAAAAGCUUCUGCAGCGAGAAGUGCUUUGCCGCCUGCCGACGGGCCUACUUCAAACGCAACAAGAGUGUACCAUUAACCACGGAUGGUUGUCCGUUUGAAAGUAGUCCUGGCUCCCAUCAUGUCCAACAGGAUAGAAUAAAAGACACAACAGUGUGUGACUGGUGUAAGCACAUACGACACACUAAGGAGUACCUGGACUUUGGUGACGGUGAGCGUCGCCUGCAAUUCUGCAGCGCCAAAUGCCUCAACCAGUACAAGAUGGACAUUUUUUACAAAGAGACGCAGGCCAACCUCCCGGCGGGCUUGUGCAGCACCAUGCACCCGGCAGCAGCGGAGAAGAAGUCCGAGCACAUGGGCGUGCAGCAGCUGUUGACUCCAGAGUCGUGGAACAUGCCGCUGUCUGACAUUCGCAGGAAGCCGCCGUCCCCGGUGGCUCCUUGCCCGCUGAGCCAAGUCCCCGUCCCCUCCUCCUCCUCCCCGUCGCUGCACACCCCCGUCUCCAAGGCGGGCGGGACGAUGGAUGGCCCCGGCGUCCAGGUCCAGCAGCCGCUGCCCCCCGGGAUGGGGGGGGUAACCGGGGGCAACAACCCCCCCUCCAUGGUGAUGACCAACCGCGGGCCGGUCCCUCUGCCCGUCUUCAUGGAGCAGCAGAUGAUGCAGCAGAUGUGCCCGCCGCCGUACAUCAGGGGGCCUCCGCCACCGCACACCCCGAGCCCCAACAGCCCGCUCUCCAACCACCUGGUCCCGGGGCUCGGCCCCAGGUCCAUGGGCCCCAACUCCAGCCCCAUGCAGCACCGCUCCAUGCUCUCGCCUCACCCCCAUACCCAUCCCCCCCACCCUCAGGGCUUGCUCCCGCCCUCAGCCGCACCCCCCCUCCCCAACGUCUCCUUCGCCCCCCACAACCUGAUGGCCAACAGCAGCCACAUGCACCUGCCGCACCUGAUGAACUUUGGCGUUCCCUCGCUUUCCCCCCUCGUGCCCCCUCCCACCCUGCUGGUGCCCUACCCGGUGAUCGUGCCGCUCCCCGUCCCCAUCCCCAUCCCCAUCCCCGUCGGCCCCGGCUUCAGCUUCGGCUCCCGGAGCGGCGGCUCGAACGGCCCGGUGGGCUCCAGGCCCGGCGAGGACGCUGGCAAGGAGGCCGCCCAUUCCCCGGCUUCCGCCGGCGGGCAGCAGGGCCACUGCAAGCCCCCCACCAUCAAAAGCCCGAGCUCCCCCUUCAACCUGCCGCCUCCUCCGCCGCACCCCUUCCCUCUCGACGUCAGCCGGGGCGACAUCGUCGACCUGACCCUCAGGCUGAACGGCCCGGCCUUUCAAGGCGACUUCCCGCCUUUUUUCCCCGACGCCUCAGACUUCCCGCACAACGAGGUCAUCGACCUGACCAUGAGCCGUCGAAGCAGACUCAAUCACGUCCUCCACCCGCCUCUGCGGGCGUCCGUCAAGGUGGAGGACGAGAACGAAGGCCGGAGCCUGGUGGACUUGACCCUUUCCAGUCCGGACAAACGGAACUGCUUCGACUGUAGGGACUCGAACCCUCUUGAGCCCAAGGUGUUGGCGUGCAGUGGCGUCUCCCACUGCCUGCACUCGGGAGACUCGGACACCACCAUCACGCCGCCUUGCAAGCCGCUCACCAACGGCACCAAGGACCUGGAUAGUCCCCACUGCUUGGAGAGCCCCUCAGACCAACAGCAACAACAAGCCAACAACAACCAAGAACCACAGUCGCCGCCCACACCGCAGUCGCCGCCCACACCGCAGUCGCCACCGCGGCUACAACAACAACAACAACAGGCGCUGGAGACGAUCGCUGCCAACGAGCUGGAGUCAGUCAAAGAAAACAACUGCUCGUCGAACUGUGCGCUGGAGGUGGUAGAGGCAGGUAUCUCGCUUGACAGCCCGCUGAGCAGCUUGGAGCGAUGGACCAGCGGCGUGACCUACCCCGCCGCGGCCACGACGGCGGCAUCCGGCAGCUCGCCGGACCGGCACGCUUCCAGCCAAGUGAUAUCUCAUCGCAAGAGGCACUACUUCCAGUGCUCGGAGUUGAAAGAGUCGGCGUGGAAGAGCGCGGUGCAGGGACAGACAGAGCCCAGCCUCUAGGCGGGCCCGGCAGGGAGGCGGGAGAGAGUCCGCGCCCCACCUCCUCCUCCCCCGGCGAGGGACAGGGACGACCGGGAGGAACCACAGACUGCAGACGCCGGGACCCUGAGCCACACACAAGGUGCCGGAGGAACUCGGCGAGUCAGGCAGCAUCCGCGGAAGGGGGGUGAACAGACGACGUUUCGGGUCGUGAUUCUGACGGAUACUUCAUUGGUCCCAACACCUAACAUCACCUGUCCAUUCUCUCCACAGACGCUGCCUGACCCGCUGAGUUCCUCCAGCACUUUGUGUCUUUUCCUAAAGUGACCAGUUUUGUGCCCUGUUUCUUUUUGUUACUUCCCCCCUCCCCCCCCCCCCCUACCCAUGUACGUACACAAGGACCAAUUUGAGGCCGUCGCCUUUUUUCUUUCCUUCGAGGAACCCCGCUCCUCCACACCCUUCUGGUCUGCACCUGACCCCCCCCCCCGUCCGUAACAGGAUAGGUCCAGAUACCGAGCGAUCCAGGUGGCAAGGUCCUCAAACCACGAGCAGCCCCAUGUCAAGGGUAAACAGCCAGAUGAUUCCUUCUGCGGCCAAGGCAAGGCAGAUGGACAGUGGAAGCAAG